UUUUUUUUUAUUUGAAUGACAAAUGAAUCUUUCGAUAUCAUAUUUCGUGUGGCCGAAGUCAGCUUUGCGCUAUGGUUCAAUGGAUGUCUCUGGAAUUGUUGUUCUCCCGAGCAGCUAUGGAUAUUGAAUCCGCGAUUACUUACUCGACAGAUUCAAACACUUCCAAUAUCAUCGGACGAAAAGCAAGAAGCAUCAGCUGAAGAAGGACAUUUCUUCUUAAAAUCUAAGGAUUGUUGGAUCUGUUAUGAUUCAGACAAACUUGAACCACUCAUUCAACCUUGCAAAUGUACUGGUGAUGUGAGCUCUGUUCAUCACGAUUGCUUGCGUAAGUGGUUAGCUGAAAGUUACAGCAAAUCAUCAGAAAAUAUCAUGAAGUGUAAAAUUUGUAACCAGCCGUAUGAAAUCCAGAGAAGUAAAAGGUACUAUUUUAAUAAAAUAAAUGAAUAUUCAUUAACCAUAAUUUGUUUUAUUUUGUUAAAAAGUCUAUACGCUAAUAAAUAA